AUGAAUUUUGGGCCCCAGGACGUUCCGCGAUUAAAUUUAGUUCCGCGUCCUCCGGCUGGUUUACCUAGUAGUCACUCAUCACGUUCAAUCAGGCAAAAAGCAUUUUACGAAGCUCAACAGGGAGAAACAUUUGGCCCGAAAAGUAUUAUAUCAGCACGCAGAACAAUUAAAAUGUCGCAAAGAGUAAUGAAUGCAGCAAAAGAAGACAAAAAGAAAUAUAAUGAAUGGCUCGAACGUUGGGAUCAUGAUCCAGGAAUCAAACGUUACUUAAUGAUUAAAGAUAUUACAGUAAAAUACGUCGGUUACUCUAAAUCACAACUUGAUGAAGUAUUUGGACACUCAAGUGAACUCGUUUUUAUGCAUAUUGUCGUUUUUCUUAGAUGGAACUACCAAUCAUUAUGUUCUGUUGCAUUACAAAUGAAGUGUUUGCAAAUAUUCUUUAAAGCUUCCUCAGGGUUCGUUUUUGCAGAGCAUUUUCUUAUGAAAGGAGGAACUGAAAUUUUGCUUUACUUCUUAAAUCGUCUCAAAGAUCUUUCCGACGAAGAUGUCCUCGAAGUCAUCAAAACUUUCAUUGCUCUUUCGGAACAUGGCCCCUACGCAAUCCAAUAUAUUUGCGAUACAAAGUUUAUUGAGGUAUUUCUUGAUGCAAUACCAGAAUUCAAAUCUGAAGAAGUACAUAAACUGUGUGUUGUGCUUUUGGUUCAACUGGCAGAAGGAAAUAUUCAAACAGCAGAAUCUUUUACAAAUGCGAUACUUUCUAAGUUCCUCUUUAUUCAAACGAAUCUUGCUGCACUAUAUACAGCUGCACGAGCAUUCCGUUUGUUGUUUAUUCCAAAAAUUGCAAGCGAAUGCGAUAUCAAAAACCAUAUUUCAGAAUUUUUGAUUCUCCCUUCAAGCGAAUCCAUAGAUAUUCAACACGAAGCAGUUAUCAUAUUCCAUACGCUCCUAGAAAACGCCAAUCCAAUCAGAAAGAAGUAUAUCCUUGAUACUCUUUAUGAACUAAUCAAUGUCAAUUUAGAAGAUUUGCCGCCUAACAUUUUAGAUGCCAAAAUGCGUCAACAAACAUUCGCUCUCAAGCUCAUACAAGCAAUCGCUGCUAACAAGAAAGAAGCAUACCACGCAUUCCUUCCUUUGAUACAAAAGUUUUUGCCAGCAUUAGUUCGAAAUCUCGCAAAUACACGAAACUUUUCAUCGCAAAAAGCAGCAUGUAGUGCAAUUGGAAGCAUCGUUUCUGCCAUCCCUCUGAUGAAGAUAUAUCUUUGUAAUGCAGUUCCAAGGGAAUGGGUUGAUCAGAUGAUUUCAAGUCCUCAUAGUUUUUGCAUCAAUUUGAAUCAAACACAAAUUGACACAUUUUCAACAAUUGAAUCAUCUAUGUUCUUCUUUGAUAAAAACAUUGAAGACUUGAGUGAAGGAACAGAAAGAAGACAGUCAUCAAAACAAUUCCAAACUUCUUCUUUACCAAAACUUUACUCGCCAAGAAGAAUUACAACUGCAAAGACAAAUAUUAGGCAAUCUAUCAUACUUAGAGAUUCUCCUGUUAAUUUCAAUCUGGUUACUAACCCUGUUAUUGAGACAAUUCAUUAA